CACUCCUUGCUUAUAUGGAUGCAUUCAAACGGAUAGUCCACAUGUAUUCAUGCUUAUGCAUAUCCGUGAAUACGUAACCAGGUAAUCGUUUUGUUUGUGUUUUUUAAUUUUUUGUAUGAAAGCAGUUCGGGUCUUUCAGGACCAGUAUAACUUUGACUAAAACAGGAGAGUUGACUAAAUACAUGUUCCGUUAUGCUCCUCGCCUGCAUAUUUAUGCCAAUCUUGUUUGCAUGGACAACUGGUAUUAAUGGAAAACAGAGCGUACACUAACGAUUUCGAACGAAUUUUCACCAAAUUAAUUUUUUUCUUUUAGUUUGAAAUAUUCCAAGACGCAGGAGAGGAUUCAAUGUGAAAAACCGUGUUUUCAUUUUCAAAUCGCACGCUUUUAAAGCAGGUGGUGCAAUAUUUUUUAGCUUUGAACAAGAUAAAUAUCUCAUUGUGGUGUGCCUAGUCCUAUAAAUAUUUAAAAAAAUGUUAAAGCUUAUUUUACUUAUGGCCAUGGGCUUAGGCGCUAUCUAUAUGGUUCACUUGCUUGCGCAGGACUAUAACAGAAUUCGGCAACCGGUCGCUGCAGCCGCCCGAGCAAUUGUAAGUGCUAGUAAUCCGAUAACUCGUGCGAAGCGAGAUAGCUAUGCAGAAGAUGCCAAAGUUCAUAAUUGGUUACAUCCAACUAUAAAAAACAUGACAAACACAACCACCCUCAAUAUUGACUGGAAAAUCAUUCUGUCACGCGACCCAUUCGAAUGUCUGCAAUCGCUGAUAUGCCAACUGAUGGCAGGCGCAGAAAAUCGUUCAUAUGAGGCCAAGUUGCUAAUGGAAUUUCUCGAAAAAACGGUAGUCUCUGCUCCAGUGGAAAUUCGAUUAGCCUUUAGUAGAGGAUUAGCCCUGCGGAAAUCUACAGAGAGCUGCUACAAUGUAUAUCCUUUUUGCGUAUACUCUGCGAAAACCAUGUUAAGAGUUUUGAGAUGGUUUGCGGAUUCGCCAAUAGAAGAAACCCCUUAACUUGAUACACAA